AUGAAGCUCAACACCAUUCUCUUGAUUGCCGCUGCGGCGACGGCGUUUGACCUGGGAGGUGUCCAGCUACCCUUCUCUCAUGAAUCACUAGAAUCAUCAGCACUUCUUAAGUUGCACAAAUCACUCGUUGAGCGACCCUCGAUCACUGGUUCUGAGAAGCACGUCACCGACUUUCUCAAGGCAUACCUCCAAGAUGCUGGGUUCACUGUUGAGACUCAAGCAGUUGCCAAGAACCGCGAUAACGUCUUGGCUUACUAUGAUAGUACGAGGAAAACAAAAGUUCUCGUGACUUCUCAUAUUGACACUGUUCCCCCAUUCUGGCCUUAUGAACGACGAGGUGAUGAGAUCUGGGGUCGAGGAACAGUCGAUGCAAAGGGUAGUGUCGCGGCGCAGAUCAUUGCUGUUCAAGAACUCUUCCAGAAGAAAGAGGUCAGUGAAGGCGACGUAGCGCUGCUGUUUGUGGUGGGUGAGGAGACAGGUGGACCCGGAAUGGGCAAUGUCAAUGAUCUCGGCCUAUCUUGGGAGUCCGUCAUCUUCGGUGAGCCAACAGAGCUCAAACUUGCCCGAGGUCACAAAGGUGGAUUGGGCUUCACUCUCAAAGCCAAUGGAAAAGCUGGCCAUUCUGGAUAUCCUGAGACAGGAAGUAAUGCUAUUGAUAGCCUUGUUCGUGGGCUAGCAGCUCUUCAAAAGGUUGAGUUACCUGGGAGUAAAGAGUUUGGGAACUCCACACUCAACGUGGGAAGGAUUGAAGGCGGUGUUGCUGGAAAUGUCAUCCCGGCAAGUGCUUUUGCUACCGGAGGAGUUCGAGUCGCUGGCGGAACUCCAGAGGGUAUCAGGAAUUUAAUACGUCAGGCAGUUGAGGAGAGUGACCCGAGCCUAGUCGUUGAAUUCUCAUAUGGUAUUGGACCCGUGCCUACAGACUAUGAUGUUGAUGGAUUUGAAACUGUGGUCUUGAACUACGGAACAGAUAUCCCGAGGCUAAAGGGGAGUCAUAAGAGAUAUCUGUACGGACCUGGCUCGAUUCUCGAGGCGCACUCUGCGCAUGAGCACUUGAAGGUUUCUGAUCUGGAGCAGGCUGUUGAGGGGUACAAGAAGUUGAUAACCCAUGCCCUUGAUCAGCCUUCUGAGCUCUGA